AUGGCGACCGCAGAGCCUGCACCAGCCUGGUGGAAACUGACUUUCCUGCGUAAGAAGAAAUCGGAGCCGAAAGUGUUGUACGAAAUCCCUGGAGACCACAGCAGCAACGCCGGGGAGACGCCCGGGACACCCGACGCAGCUGCGGACAGCCAGUUUAAUGCCCGCUUGGAACGCAUCGUGGAUAAAACGGCGACAAAGGGACGCCAUGUGAAAGUCUCACAUUCGGGCCGGUUUAAAGAGAAGAAGCGAAUCCGCUCUACGCUAGCAGAAAACCCUGACAUGUUCCCUGAGGCAGAAACAACGACUAAUAAAAGUGGAAAAUAG